AUGGGAGUUAAACGUGAUUACGAGUGGGUCUACACGGAUGAGCCGCACCGGACUCGACGGGCGCUCAUUUUGGCCAAAUAUCCGCAAAUCAAGCGACUAAUGUGCGCCGACCCGAGCCUUAAAUGGCGAGUCCUGUGUAUGGUUUCCAUACAAUUGGUAUCAUUUUAUUUGAUCAAAGAUGUGACCAGUUUUUGGUCAUUAUUUCUAUUGGCCUAUUGUUUUGGUGGCGUUAUUAAUAUAUCACUUUCGACGGCCAUCCAUGAGUUGGUCCACAACCACGCGUUCGGCCCCUCGCGCCCGAUGGCCAACAAAGCGCUCGCCAUUUUUGCCAGUUUGCCAAUAGGCGUGCCAAUGGCGGGUACAUUUAAAAAGUAUCAUUUAUUACACCAUCGAUAUCAGGGCGACGACACACUGGACACAGACAUCCCCUCACCGUUUGAAGCCAUGUAUUUUAACACAACCUUCACAAAGACAGUGUGGAUGGUAUUGCAGCCCCUGUUUUACGUCAUACGGCCCGUAUUCACUGUGCCAUCGUUUAUGGUAAGCCCAACCGGUCUCGAACUGACAAACAUUACCAUACAAUUCGUGUUCAACUAUUUAAUCGGCCAAUGGUUGGGAUGGCAUGUCGUGGUGUAUAUGAUCGGCGGUAUGUUGUUGUGCAUGGGUUUGCAUCCGAUGGCCGGCCAUAACAUCUCUGAACAUUACUUGCUGUUUAGCGAUAGAUUAACCAUGUUGAAAGAUUGCAAUAAUAAUGACAUGGAGUACCCGAUGCUAAUGCCGGAGACCUAUUCAUACUACGGGCCGUUGAAUAUGUUGAUGCAUAACGUGGGCUAUCACGUGGAACACCAUGAUUUCCCGUCGAUACCCGGCGCACUCCUACCCCGGGUCCGGCAAAUUGCGCCCGAGUUUUACGAUAGCCUACCCUCGCAUAAGUCCUGGACUUAUGUUAUCUGGAAGUAUAUAACGGAUCCAAAUAUCGGUCCCUAUUCUCGGGUCAAACGGCCGCCGCGUUUUGCCCGUCGGGACACAAAUGACAAUAUUAUAAAUUUAGCGAAUGAUGUAAUUGUUAACUAA